GGUUAAUAAGCAGCUGUGGAGUGAAGCAGUUCUAGGGGUCCUGGGGUAUACACUCAAAAAAUCAAAACGUUUGCAUUGGAUUUACUUAAAUUAUGUCAACAGGUUCUUUUCAACUGAACUGAGUAAAUCUAACACAAUUACUUCACAUUCUGUCAGUGUGCCCCAGGGCAGCUGUGGCUACAAUGUAGCUCACUGCCAUCAGUGUGUGAAUGUGAAUGUGUGUGUGAAUGAAUGGGUGAAUGUGUGUAGUGUAAAACGCUUUGGGGCCUGGAGGGACUUAAAAGCGCUCUAUAAGUUCAGUCCAUUUACCAUUUUUUACCAUUCACUUAUAAAAUAAAUAAAAAAAUGCUUUAGAUUUACUCAUUUCAGUUUAGUAUAACCUGUUGACAUUAUUUAUUUAAAUCGAAYGCAAAUGUUUAGAUUUUUUGAAUGUACUGUCCAGAAAACUUUGAUGAUGAAGAUGUACUCAAAACUUUGCCUUUUCCAGCCAUUUAAAGAAAAUUUUACUAAAUUUUUGGGAUUGAUGAAACAACAUGAAUCAGCAUUUCAUGCAGGUAGAACACUGAAAACCAGACUUUAAUCUGAACGUCAUCAAGUUACUUUCACUUGAGCAACCACUGAUUAUUCUACAGAUUAAAUCAACUGUUAAAAAGUUAUAAAAUAUUUAUUUUUGUGCCCCCCCUCCCCCGGCAUGGACUGCAUCAUUAGCAUUUGCCUUUACUGCCUAUGCCACAGGCCAGCCCUGAAAAGCCUCAUUAAACUGAAACAAAAAACUAAUUUCUGAGGCUUGAGGGGACUUCAUUAGUGUGAUAUGAAAAGAACUUUUAGUUUAGAUGAACUAUUCAAAGUUUUGUUCUCAAAUGCAAGCUGCUUUUUGUUUUCCCUUGUCUCUUUGACUCCCUGUUUGGCAGGUAAACGUCGUCCCAUCAACAACAAUCUCCUCCGUCAUGAAGAGGUCCCCUUUUUUCUCGGACUGGGUUGGAGCGCUCGGUUUGAUCCUCUGCCUGACCCAGGGCGUGCUGGCUGCCGUCCUCUCGAACUCCUCCCGUCUCGAGUCGAUCCUGGACAAGUACAGGGACAAGGACGAGCAGUGGUGGAAGGCCAGGUCAAGAGGGAGGAGGGCCAUCAGUGAGGGAGACAAGCACCUCAUCCUCGACCUGCACAACAAGCUACGGGGUCAGGUCCACCCUCCUGCCUCCAACAUGGAGUACAUGGUGUGGGAUUAUGAGUUAGAGCGGAGCGCAGAACACUGGGCACAUACCUGCCUAUGGGAGCACGGACCAAGCCACAUGUUGACACAGAUCGGACAAAACCUUGGUGCGCACUGGGGCAGGGACAGACCACCCACCUACCAUGUCCAGGCCUGGUAUGAUGAGGUCAGGUACUACAGUUAUCCAUACUCCCAGGAAUGUAAUCCACACUGUCCAUUCAGAUGUUCAGGACCUGUGUGUACCCACUACACUCAGUUGGUGUGGGCAACAAGCAAUCGUAUUGGCUGUGCCAUCAACGUGUGCUACAACAUGAACGUCUGGGGAAUGAUCUGGGCUAAAGCUGUUUAUCUGGUCUGCAACUACUCUCCUCCGGGAAACUGGUGGGGUCACGCUCCRUACAAAUAUGGUUCACCUUGUUCGGCCUGUCCAGCGAGCUACGCUGGUGGCUGCAGAAACAACCUGUGUUAUAAAGAUGGGGGUGUUGACAGGCACUCAGCUCCUGAGAUCGAGGAGACCAACUACAUUGAACCUGAACCAGGACCGGUGAGAGACAAAGAGCCUCCGCCAAGGGCCCAAACACCAAAUCCAUCGCCCAAUGACAACAUUGAAAGGAACCAGGUUGUCAGCACUGAGCAGAUGUCCCAACAGGUUGAAUGUGAUACCAAGCUGAGGGACCAGUGCAAAGGAACAACCUGUAACAGAUAUGAAUGUCCACCUGGCUGUUUGGAAAGACCUGGAAAAGUAGUUGGAACAGAGUUCUAUGAUAUGCAAUCCAGUGUGUGUGGAGCUGCACUGCACUCUGGAGUCAUUGACAGUGAUGGAGGAUGGCUGGAUAUAACUCGACUGGGCAGAAAACAGUAUUUUACCAAAUCAUACAAGAAUGGUAUCCAGUCGAUCGGAAAAAGUAGAAGUGCAAAUUCAUUCAAAGUAGAUUCGGUGCCUGUCAAGGCAGUCAGAUGUGAUACUACAGUGGCUCUGUUUUGUCCAUUCAAGAAGCCUGUUCGACACUGUCCCAGAUUGUAUUGCCCCAGGAACUGUUUGCAUGACAACCAAGCCCGGGUCUUUGGGACAAAAUAUUACUCAGACAAAUCUAGUAUCUGUAAAGCCGCCAUUCAUGCAGGAGUGAUCCAGAACGAGUCUGGCGGUUACCUCGAUGUGAUGCCGGUGGACAAAAGGCAGCAGUACAGCGGCAGUUAUCAGAAUGGCAUCUCCUCAGAAAGCAUAUCAAACCCCACAGGAGGAAAAGCCUUCAGAGUUUUUGCCGUCAUGUGAAAAAAAAACACCAUCAAAGGACAAAAUACCAAGCAACAAGCCCACCCAUUAUGAAGGCAAACCUACAAUUAUGCUUCCUACAGUAAAUAAAUCAACUUUACUAACUGAAAAUAACAGAUUUAAAUGUUUUUUCUUAAAGAUUUGCUUUUACAUGAAGUCAUCAGUAAAUUACUGUUCAGUGAAUUAUACCUUAUAUGUCUUGUAGCCUUGAACUACUGAAGAUGACAACAUUACCCACAUAAAGUUUACCAUGCAGUUUUGGCUGUCAUGAUAUCAUGACAUCAUUUUAUAACUGUACAAAAUAAAUGUCAACACAAGCCCAACCAGUAAUUUUAAAAACUUGAAGGUUAAAGCUUGACUUUAGUUUUUUUUUUCAGAGUGAUUCAAGAUGUCCUUACAUCAUUUCCAUGUUGACACACACCUACUUUCAAAAAAGGUGUAAUUCUGGUGGUUCAUUGAACAGUAAAUUAUAAAUAGAUUUUUUUAAUCCCUAAAUGUGUAUUUGAAAAACAAUUUUUUUAUGUACAGAAGCACUGUUUUCAAAUAUAUUUCAAGAUAACAGGUUUAUUUUCCUUCAAAUGUACAACCUAUUGGCUUCAAACUAUUUUUUAAACAUUUUUCAUACUAUUCAGUUCUAUUCAUUAUUAUUCCAAAGUUCAAGUAUAGUCAUUUUAAAAGUUCAAGAUACAAAGCAAAUACUUAUCUACACAUUGUACAUUUUUGUACAUAAUAAUUUUGUACAUAAUACAGAAAAUGGACUUUUUUUUUUUACUUUUUUAUGUUUUACCAACUGCACAUUUAAAAAAAGGUGUAAUCAAUGACUGAUAUCAGGACGAUUGCAUAAAAAGCUACCCAUAUGCCAUUUCUGUUUUUGUUUUUUAUAUAGAAAAUAUCUCAUUGUCAUUUUCAUAUACAUGUUUGUAAAAAUUGUUCAUAACAUAUUUUUUUAUUGUAUGCUGAAUUUCCCAGCUUCUGUUUAUGUGUAUAUUUUAAAAACCCUGGCUGGCCAGGUUUGUGCACAGCUGAAUUAUCAAUAAAACAAUUCAUUUAA